CAGUCAGCAUGUGUGACAGUGGUUUCAGUGCUGCGGACGGCCUUUCCCGUAUGGCCUCAUUGGGAGGCGCCGGGCUUGGGGGAGCGCCGACGAUGGGCAAUCCGCAACUGUCCAAGAAACAUCAAGAUGAUCAUAUCAAAAGACCCAUGAACGCGUUCAUGGUAUGGUCAAGACUUCAAAGGCGAAAAAUUGCCCAAGAGAACCCCAAAAUGCACAAUUCGGAAAUAUCAAAGCGAUUGGGUUCAGAAUGGAAGCUAUUGACGGAGGACGAGAAGAGGCCUUUUAUUGACGAGGCUAAAAGGCUUCGAGCCCUUCACAUGAAAGAGCAUCCAGAUUACAAAUACAGGCCCAGGAGAAAGCCGAAGACGCUUCGAAAAGAAGGUUAUCCAUAUUCAAUCCCGUACCCAUCCGUGCCUAUGGACGCGUUGCGUGCCGGAAUGGCUGCGAGCAGUAUGGGCCAAUCAAUGGCUUCAUACUACAAUCCAUCAGCUGCAUAUGGAUCCUUAAGCGCUGCGUCCAUGGCUGCAGCUGCUGCAGCAGCCCAACAAUCAGCCGCAAUGUCUGCAGGACUUACAUCACCAGCACAGGUUGUAAGUUCCAUGGACGCCAUGAAAUACUCCAUGGACGCAGAAAAGUACCGUUCUCCCUAUAUGCCUCCCUCGACCCUUACAAUGUCCAUGUAUUCCGAUCCUAAAUACAUGGAUUCGUCAUCAAAGAGUUACCUCGAACGAGGCUACUUAGAUUCCACAUCGGCUCUGACGAAAGCCUACUUCGAAUCCUCGAAGAUGUACAUGGACGGAAAAUACAAUCCGGAAGCGACGAGACCUUACUCCUUGGACAUAGGUAAAAUGUAUCCUGAUACGUCACCUCCUCUAGGGGGUAACGUAGCUUCCCCCAGGUCGAAUUCGGACUCUCCGGAUGUGAAACAGAGUCAUAAUUCAGAAAGGCAAGACGGAACUUCGUCUUCCAGUUCGACGACAACAUCAUCAGCUGGUGCUUCACCUGGUGGACUUGCUGGUUAUUACCCCACAAACGCCAUGCAGCAGAACGGAUCAAUGCCGUCGGGUCUGUUGCCGAUGGCACAGUAUGCAAGUCAGUAUCCCACUCAAACACCUGGUGGAGAGUUUCGAAGGCCAUUGACUGUCAUAUUUUGACCAGAUCAUUUACGCGCAUAGAUGUGUAUGUAUAAAUGCAACUUGUUGACGACAUAUUUACCUAAGUUUAGUAGCAAUCUUUCGCGGCAUCUCACAACAGAUUCGUCAAUUUCUCUAGUAAACCGCUCAUUGCUGCGUAUGAAUAAGUUACUCAGUGGUAACGUUUUUAUUCGUUUUUGUGCUAUUCUGAAAACUAAAAUUCCUCUUCACAGGCUUUUCCUUUAUUUUUAUCCAAUUGAAUUACGUACCAAAUAAAAAGAAUAUUUUUUUAAAACAUAUUCAGAAGUUAAAUUAUGCCGUUAUUAUAGGAUUGCCAACAUCUACAAUUAAAUUACCCAGUGACUGUUUAGAAAAACGGAUUUAACCAUAUAUUUAAAAAAAAUAAAACUUGUCUGCAAAAGAUGCAGAUUUUUAUAAUUGAUAUUUUUAGUGAAAUCGCCACCAUAUGAAAUUAGUACUAACAUGAAGGGGGCACAACAACAUGGCCAAAAUUAGACACCUUUCAAGGGCUAAUUUGGUGCCAAGUUUAAAACUUAGAAGCUUAUAAUUUGUGUUUAGCGAUUUCUUAGUAUUUUCUUCUUUUUUCUUAACACUGGAUACAUCCUGAAGGUUAAGCUGUGGUUAUGGCUACCUCACCAUGACCUAAUCUUUAAGGAGUGCAUACAUUUAAAAGGAAAAAGAAAUACAUAAAAAAAGUCAUUAAACAUAAAUUGGGCCCGUAAUUUUUAAUCUUGGCACCACACUAGCUCCUAAAAAUCCCCUAGUUUCGAAAUCCGUUCUGAUCAUUUUGUUGCGCCAACUUCAGGGGCUAAUGAAUCCGAUUGUUAUUUAGUUGAAAGUUUGGUUAAUAAGUAGGUGCAAGUACCACGAAUUUUUAAAAAUUAUUCGAAUAUCGCCAAAAAUCAACUUAUCUAAUAAAAAAAACAAUGGGUGGACUAUUACACUUGGUGUUUCCCCUACAUUACCACGGAAAACCCGUGUUCUGUGGUUUGUAUGUUUAUCGGGAUUAAUAAAACUUAAAUUAUCACAUACUCUUUCAAUUAAAUUAAAAAAAAAAAUUACAGCUUACGUUUUUAGCAUUUCAACCACCGAAAACAUAUUUGAAGUAAAAAUGAUGAACAGGGAAUAUAAACCUAAAAUUUAAUUGUUUUCAUAAACAGUUUUAUGUAAUAAAAGAAGAAAUGUAAAUUCUUCUUGCAUAUCCGACAAAUCGUUUGUUUUUUAUUUGUUAAGUACGUCGUUUUGUAUAAUUAUUCCAUGUAAAUAACUUACGAUUAAUGUAAAAAUGUAAAUAGUCCCUACAUACGUGCGUAUACAUAUUAUAAGCAGUUACGAAUUAUGUAAAUUAUGUUAUUGUUGGUUAAUAUCAACGACCAUAUACGUUAUUAAGUAUCUUAUUCUUAUUCCAGAUUUAUUAAUAAGUUUAUUUAUUUUUAAGUGAUCUUAUUGUUCCUUUUUCAGUUUACAGCACGAAAUAGCGUACACACUUCUAUAUCAUAAAAAAAAAUAAUACACCUUAGACGUCUUGUUCACAAUGUUAUGUAAA